AUGUCCGGACACAACAAAGCCCCAGCGCUGGAAGCAACUUCGAGCAUCAAUGUGAGCCAGCAGGGCCAAUCUGUGGAAGCCCGGGUGCAGCUGUCGGGGACAGGAAAUGCAUCUCUGACGGUGCAGACUCAGACGACGACCACGACGGAGGUCUUGAACCAUGUGGGUGACACACAACCUGACACCCAGAAUGCCCGUGAAGACCGUGACGACCUGGAGAAACACCUGGAGAAACUCAUCGACGAUGAGUGCGCUAAGGAUGCGCAGGCAAUGCAGCCUGUGCUGCAGGAUGCUGCGGUGGAGCCAGAGAAGUCAGUGCCAGCCGAAGCCGAAGCAGGUGCGGACUCUGGCGAUGUGAGCAAGCUGGAGGCCCUUCAAAGCAUGAUCCAAAGCAUGCUGAAGCGCCCCGGAACCAUCGACAUCAACCAGGUUAUGGCCGAAGCCACUUCCUUGCAAGCAAAGGCUGCGCCUGCACGCCGGCGCAUCAGCACAAAGUCGGCACCGGAGCAAUCCAAGAGUGCGGAGCAGUCGAGUGUGACCCCAGAAAAGACAGCACAGGAGCAGUCGAGUGUGGCCCCAGAAAAGGCAGCACAGGAGCAGUCGAGUGUGGCCCCAGAAAAGGCAGCACAGAAGCAGUCGAGUGUGGCCGCAGAAAAGACAGCACCGGAGCAGUCGAGUGUGGCCCCAGAAAAGGCAGCAGAGAAGCAGUCGAGUGUGGCCGCAGAAAAGGCAGCAGAGAAGCAGUCGAGUGUGGCCGCAGAAAAGACAGCACCGGAGCAGUCCAGCAGUGGAAUGCCACCACCAGUGGGGCCACCCAAGCGCAAGGCAAGCCGAGAAGAAGAGACUGAGGAUGAGAAGCUUGCACGGGAAGCCCAUAACAAGUAUAUGCGCUUCUACAGAUCACUCCGUUCAGCUCAGUGUCCGCCAGAGGUGGCUGCCAAGGCCUUCGACGCACAGGGGAAGUCCCGUGGAACGUCCGUGAUGAGAUUCAUGUUCGAGCAGUUUCUCACUGCAGACGAGAACUGGCAACAGUCUGCCAUCAUGAUGAACAUCCGGCAGAAAAAGAAGGGAUCCCGACAUGGCAAGUUUGUGUGGAAGCGCUUUGAUCACGUGGUUACCGAGCAUGGUGAAGCUAUCGCGAAGGAUAUGUUGCAGACCAAGAAGAAGGAUGAUCCCAACUUGUCUGGGAAGUGGGUGCAGAAGCACCCUGACCAGCCUGAACGCGAGGACUGGAUGUUGAUGAAGUGCUUCGAUUCCAAGGUCGAGAAUGAGGAGAGCGAAAGUGAGACCGAGUUUGAGCUAGGCCAAGAGGCGAUCCGCUUUGGGCGGCAAGGCAGGUUCCGGCGACCGUGGGCAGCCAUCGAGGCUUGGAACCUUCUUAAGGGGAGCAUGGUCAAGGUUACGGAAGCCGAUGGAUUGAAGGUGAAGCUCCAGGCCUCUGGCAUGGGCGCCCAGUUUGUGGAUGCUCUGAUGGCUGACUCUUCCGAGACAGUUCAGCUUCUCAAGGGCACCUACCAUACCCUGAAAGAGGCCAUUAGCGCAAAUGCAAGUGAUGAUGAGAAGAAGUUCUGCUGCAACGAGCUGACUGCUGCCCUCAAGCAGUUUGAUUCGAAGAUGAAAGCAAUCCGCAAGGCGAUGCCUAGCAACAACCCGCCCAAGGCGACCACGAAGGCAACAGCCAAAGCCAAAGGCAGAGCUGCCAAGUAA